AUCUCUCCGUCUUCUCGGCAUGCUCUGUUUUUCUUCUCUGCAGUUGGUUGUUCAGAAAGAAUGACGCUCCUUUUCCUAGUGGAAUUGAGCGCGCAGGAGGUGACAAUGUGCGGUUAUUUUUCGGUUUUCGUGACGGAUUCUUGGAUCCUUUGAGCUCUCGGUACUCGGCGUCCGUGGGAUCGGCGAGGUUGCGACUUUUUUUUUUAUUGCGGUGGUUGCUCUCUGUUUGAGGCUGGUCGUUCGAACUCCGCGUACUGCUGCAUUUUCUCUUCCAUUUUUGGUUCUCGAGGUACGAGCUUCUGUGGUUGUUUGGCAUUGGUGGCCAUUUGGGCAGUGGUUGUUGUUAAUUUGUUGCACCGUCGAUUUUGGUUUUUGUCCGAUGGAUUAUUUAUUGUGCAAGAGUACAACGGCGGGCACUGUUGUUUGAUGUUCGUGCAAGUUAAACAAUUAAGUAGUAUAUGGGCUCGUUGGUUUCUACGGCUUUUGUUGCUUCAGAGACCAGCUCGAAUUGGAUGAUGCAGAAGGACCCGAGGAAAGCCAUGCCGGUGAAGGGACCGACCAACGCCGCGAGGUCGGUGACCAGAGGCAUGGCGAACAGGAUCCAAUCGAGGAGAGAGCGCAAACUUGCGCUGCAGCAAGAUGUCGACAAGCUCAAGAAGAAGCUGCGGCACGAAGAGAACGUCCACCGAGCUCUGGAGAGGGCGUUCACGAGGCCGCUCGGCGCCCUGCCUCGCCUGCCCCCGUAUCUGCCGUCCAAUACGCUAGCUCUUCUCGCGGAGGUGGCGGUGCUGGAGGAGGAAGUCGUGCGGCUUGAGGAGCAGGUGGUCAACUUCCGGCAAGGCAUCUACCAGGAGGCCAUAAUCUUCUCCUCCUCCACCAAGAACGGCGGCGAGGGAUACGUGCCGGCGCAACUAAUGCCGUCGAGCCCGACGCCAAAUUCAGAGUUAUCUCCAACGGAUCAUGCUCCUGCUCGUCCAUCACCCAACGGGACCGCUAGCGGCAAGCAGGCAGCAAGAAAGCCACCUCCUGCCACAGCUAACAUAGACGACCGCGCCGGCUCCGGGGCUGGAAAAGAGAACCAGUCCUGCAGCAACACCUCGACCAGAAAUUGUCGCCAGUCGCCGUUGCAGAAGGUUGCUAAAUCCAGGGUGCCGGCAGUGGCGCCUGAGAAACGCAGGGCUGCUCAGACGAUUAAUACAGCGCCUGACCGUAAAAGGCUCGCAGACGCUGCCAGCAAUAAUUCAGAGAAGGUGUCCCAGGACGGCUCUAGCGGGCCGAACAGAUUGUCGGAGGAACUGUUGAGCUGCCUGCUUACCAUCUUCUCGCAGAUGAGCUCAUCCAGCAGUGGGCAAGAAGAAGAGCAGGCAUUGUCUCCUUCGGUUUCAGGUUCCUGCGCGAGCUCAUCAGAGGACGCGUACCCUCAGGACCCUUACGGCAUACUGGAAUUGGGCAGCAGGGACAUUGGCCCAUACAAGCGACUCCACGUGAUCGACGCCGCCUCGUUCGAUCGGAAUGCGCUGGCCAAUAACACGCUUCUCGGCCGGAGAUUGAAGGCCUUGCUCCGGAAGCUCUCCUCAGUUGACCUGGUGGGGCUCUCCCAUCAGCAGAAGCUGGCGUUCUGGAUCAACAUCUACAAUUCCUGCAUGAUGAAUGCAUUCCUGGAGCAAGGGAUACCUACCACGCCCCAUAUGCUCGUGGCAAUGAUGCCAAAGGCGACGAUCGAGGUGGGUGGGCGCACGCACAGCGCCAUGUCGAUCGAGCAUUUCGUCCUCAGGCUACCCUACAGCGCCAAGCAUGUGCAUCCCGAAGAAGGAACCAAGGGCGAGGACGCGUCGAUGACGGCGCGAGGCGGGUUCGGCCUGGAGUGGCCCGAGCCGCUGGUCACCUUCGCGCUCUCCUGUGGAAGCUGGUCCUCUCCCGCCGUGAGGGUGUACACGGCGGCACGUGUGGAGGAGGAGCUGGAGGGCGCCAAGGGGGACUACCUGCAGGCCGCCGUGGGCGUGUCUUCCCCGGCGAGGCUCGCGGUCCCGAAGCUCCUGCACUGGUACCUCCUGGACUUCGCCAAGGACGUGGACUCGCUCAUGGACUGGGUCUGCCUGCAGCUGCCGACCGAGCUGCGGCAGAGCGCGCUGCGGGCCGUGGCCGCCGACGGAGCGCGCCGCAUCCAGGUGCUCCCCUACGAGUUCAGGUUCAGGUACCUGCUGGCGUCGUGAUUCGUGAAGCAUGCAGCUAGCGUUUUGAUCGAUCGUGCCGUGCAGAAAACACCAUUGAUUCAAGGUGUUCCGUGUUCGUAGAUUGUACACAGGCUUGCAAAUAAAAUUGUGGUUAGGUUGUGUUUGCUGCGACGCAAUCUGGCCCGUUUUCUUGGUAAAGGAAUGAAAAAAUAUACUGUUUAGUUUUUCUUUUCCUUCUCCAGUGGAGAUCGAGGUACAUGUGUCACUGUUUAUUUUUCCUCCUUUUCUGCAAGGAAGAAAUACUACUCCACAGUUUGCUUG